AUCGAGGGGUUCUAGACCUCAGUUAGUCUUCUGGAGAUUUGCCCACACAGACACAGAUACAGACACUGAAACCUCAGGCUGUACGAUCUCUCAAUAUUUCACCUAGCUGGGUAUCCUAUACUGCGGCCAUACUCUACUCACCUUUGACAUUCACUCCUCAUAGGGACCUCAGGUAGGUGCAGCUUUUCUGUCACAUUAUAGUGCCACUGUACACACUAUCAGCCUGAGUGACAGUGGAUGAUCACAAGUGUAAUGGUGUGAAACUGGAACCUGUGGAAGUUAGUGUUCUGCAUUACUCUAGACCAUUAGUUGUUUGAUUGGCUGCAACACUAUGUGAGAUAAAAGUGGUAAGUGGCAAUGACCUCUUUAGAUAAAGUUCUUAAACUUAACUACAGUUACAGUAAAGGAGGGUAUGGUUUAAUUAUUUAUACCCAGACAAGUGUACACUUAUCAACAUGGGUCUUUAUUGCUCAUAAUGUUUUUAUUGUUAGUAUGUUAAUUCUCUUCAUCUAGUUUGAUUAAUAAUUUGAGUUGAAUGUUAAUUUAGCAUAAAGCAUUUUCAUUAAAUUAAUUAACAUUUUAAUUGUAACUAUUUUACUUUACAAUUUUGACAUCUAUUUAUUUUUGCCAUAACGGCUGGUAUACAACGAGAGUAAAACUUGUUCUGCUAUACCAUUGCAAAUUUACAGUGACAUUUCACUAUUUUCCUAAUGUUAUUAUUUGGGCAAAUAGUUUUGUUGUUGUUGUUGCAGUGAUAGCAUUGAUUUAUUCUGCACAAUUGUUUUAUUACGAGAAGUUCCAUGACAGUGGUUUUCUAUGGUCCAUUGGCUGUUAGUCAGCAGUAAUUGUGUGACAAUAGAUUUCUAUUAAUCAGAUGAGAUUAUUUAUUCCGUCAUAUCACUGGUGCUAGGUAUAUUUAGUAUGACAAUAAUGUACUCUAUCUGAUUUUCUCAGACUCUAUCAGACCCUAUCAGGCUCCUCUUGCCCCUUAUCACAAGUGAAUAAAGAUAUGGUACAACAUUGUCUCUAUUAUUAACUACUGUACACCAUGCACUUAGUCUCCCGAGUGGCGCAGUGGUCUAAGGCACUGCAUCGCAGUGCUAGCUGUGCCACUCUGUCGUAGCCGGCCGCGACCGGCUGCAACAAAAUUAUCACUGAACUAUAUCAAAUUAUCUAAGCACCAGCACCAUGCAAGUGCUGAACAUCUAUAAACAUGGAACUGUUUUCAAUUUAAUUAUUACAAUUUUUAUUUGCUUUUUCCUUAGAAGAACUCAAUGUUUUAGCCCAGGGACGUUGCUCUCAUAUUCUGUUUUUACAAAACGUAUAAUAUUAAUUUCUAUAAAGGUAAUUUGUUGUAGUAAGCAAACGUUUGUUCGCUCUUUGUAAUUUCAGAUAGGCUUAUAUAUUAUUAGGGUCUACUUUCAGCCACAGGCAAAUGAGGAUUCUUGAAAGGGAAAUUAGAAGAGAACUGCUGCUGUCGAGUGACCAUCAUGUCUUGAAGUUACAUGGAUUUCUUUAAAAUGGCAUCCACACAAACAACAUUAUUUGUAAACACUUGAAUGUAAAUCACAUCAGCCUACUGAGAUGCUGGUCCUGUCUGGUUGUUGCUAUAGGUCCAAUCAGUUCCCAUCUAGAUCUAUUCCCUGGGACUCCCUAGGAAUGACAGAUUUCUCCAAAUCCUUUCUGUUGUUUCAGAGUCAGUGGUUAUCUCUAUAAGCAUGGAGGAUUCCUCUGAACAGUCUCACUGGGUGUCUCCGGCUCUGCUCAGCUCUGAUCCCCUGGCCAGCUUCUCCUCAGAGCCUGGUUUACUACCUCCAGGAGAAGAGGGAGAGCCUUUCUUCUCCAACCAUGAGACUGAUUUCACCAGCAUGCCCUCCUACUUCUCCAACCCCAGUCACAGCAGGGCUCCAUUAGCCUACAGACACAGCUCAGGUCAGCAGUGUGGAACCUAACAUAACUUUAAAACUUUUAUGUUGACCUUUCAGAGUCUAAAUUAACAUUGAAUAUAAAAUAAUCAAAAACAUUUGUAAUGGGGGACUCAAAUUAUGCCCUUCUAUUGUAUCUCUCUCGUACAGUUCGCCAGGUGUACUCCUCGCCCUCUCUCCCAAGCAACCUCCAAUGGCUGGAAGGGCCUGGCAGCCCCUCUCUGAGCUCUCCUUACAACCCAUCAACCUCUACCUGGACCAGCAACCCUUUCACCAAGACUCCACUGCACCCACACACCCCAACCUCCCUUUAUGCCUCCAGCGCCACAUCCUCGUUUUCCUGCAGAGAUGGGUACUCCUCUCCAGGCAGGGAUGGCAAGGAAAGUCCCAGGCUUCAGGAGGCCUUGAAGGCCGAGCGCUUGAGUCCUUUAGGGGGAGGUGGUGGAAGCAGUUUUCUGAAUCUGACUUCAGCUGCUGGGGGUGUGUACACACCAUCUCCCCACUCCCACUCGCACAUGCUGGGCCCCUACAGCUCGUACAUAACCUCUCCACAGGACUACAGCACAGCAGGCCUCUACUCUCCAGGGGCAUGGAUGAGCCCCUCCUCUUACUCCCCCAAACUACGUAAUAAGAUGAGGCUGUCCCCACCAGGUGAGCAAAAUAGGACUCCAGAAUUUCCUGAUUUUUGGGGGGUUGAGUAGAGAUAAAUUAAUUACAUACAUAUUUAUGCGCACUAACUAAUAUCGUAGGCUAAUUAAUUUGGGGUUCAAUACCUGAGGAAGUAGAAACUCAAAACACAUUAACUAGAUCACUAACUCUAAAUAUAAUACCCACUGCUAGUAGCCAUGUAUUCAUCCAAUAGUAAAUGUAAUGUCCUAUAAAAACUUUGCAGUUGUAGGCUACUACCUAGGGCUGUGGCGGUCAUUACAUUUUGUCAGCCGGUGACUGUCAAGCAAAUAACUGCCGGUCUCACAGUAAUUUACAGUUAAUUAACAUUAACACGUUUAGCAUCUCCUGGCUUCCAUGCACAGCCUAAAAGUCACUGAUUAGACAUUUGGAAUAUCUACAUAAAAAAAGUAUAAUACAUCCAUUUAAUAUAGCCUACACCAUCACAAUAUAUCCAUUAUUUAUUUUAGACAGGUUUAAAUAAACAUGAUAUGAAGAAAAUGUAGUCUAUUUCAGAAGAACAGAAUAGCAUACUCUGAGUUGUCCUUAUGUUAGACCCUGAUAUGGCUAUGCCAUAUGGCUGUGGGCUACACUAGUUAAUUUAGCAGACAAUAUUUACUUAGAAUUCCGUGGUAUUCUUUUUAAUUAUUUUAUAGUAUGAAGAAUACAAUUGAACAUAGCUGAAUAAAAUAGAAAGGAUAUUUUCUCCAAAAGAUUUCCAAGGAAGUGCGCACAUGCAGCUAUUCUGUGUUGAGCGUUAACAAAGAAACAGGUCCUCCUAUAUGCUUAAUUUAGAGUUAUUUAUGCAACUUUAGCUGUGAUACAAACGUUGGGCUAUAUGUUUUGAUUUUUAAUACAUUAUAAGGCUGCAUGAUGUGACUCUAAUGAUGAUUUGAAAAAAGUUGCAUGAAAGGCAUGAGCUCUGAUUUGUUUAUUGUGCAGACUGUCUCUCAUUUACAAUUUGACAAGGACUUGAUAAUAUUCUCACCAGGCCUUGAAUUUCCCGGCGGCAUCCCCCUUGUGUGGCCGUAAUGCCCCCUAAAAAAUCCAUGCCUUUUGCGGCCAAAGUGGCCGCUGUGCCAUUGGGCUGAAUAUAAUACACUGAACAAAAAUAUAAAUGCAACAUGUAAAGUGUUGGUCCCAUGUUUCAUGAGCUGAAAUAAAAGAUCCCCGAAAUGUUCCAUACGCACUAAAAGCUUAUUUCUCUCAAAUGUUUUACACAAAUUUGUUUUUAUCCCUGGUAGUGAUCAUUUCUCCUUUACCAAGAUAAUCCAUCCACCUGACAGGUGUGGCAUAUCAAGAAGCUGAUUAAACAGCAUGAUCAUUACACAGGUGCACCUUGUGCUGUGAACAAUAAAAGCCCAUGCUAAAAUGUGCAGUUUUGUCACACAAUACAAUGCCACAGAUGUCUCAAGUUUUGAGGGAGUGUGCAAUUGGCAUGCUGACUGCAGGAAUGUGCACCAGAGCUGUUGCCAGCGACUUUAAUGUUAAUUUCUCUACCAUAAAGCGCCUCCAAUGUUGUUUUAGAGAAUUUGGCAGUACGUCCAACCGGCCUCACAACCGCAGACCACGUGUAACCACGCCAGCCCAGGACCUCCACAUCCGGCUUCUUCACCUGCGGGAUCGUCUGAGACCAGCCACCCGGACAGCUGACUAAACUGUGGGUUUGCACAACCGAAUAAGUUUUGCACAAACUGUCAGGAGACUGGUUUGUCGUCCUCCCCAGGGUCUUGACAUGACUGCAGUUCGGCCUCGUAACCGACUUCAGUGGGAAAAUGCUCACCUUCGAUGGCCACUUGCACGCUGGAGAAGUGUGUUCUUCAUGGAUGAAUCCCAGUUUCAACUGUAUUGGGCAGAUGGCAGACAGCGUGUAUGGCAUCAUGUGGGUGACCAGUUUGCUGAUGUCAACGUUGUGAACAGAGUGCCCCAUGGUGGCGGUGGGGUUAUGGUAUGGGCAGGCAUAAGCUACGAACAAUGAACACAGUUGCAUUUUAUCGAUAGCAGUUUGAAUGCACUGAGAUACCAUGGCGAGAACACCACAUCAGUCACUGGCUUCAUCAAUAAGUGCAUCGAUGAUGUCGUCCCCACAGUGACCGUACGUACAUACCCCAACCAGAAGCCAUGGAUUACAGGAAACAUCCGCACUGAGCUAAAGGGUAGAGCUGCCGCUUUCAAGGAGCGGGACUCUAACCCGGACGCUUAUAAGAAAUCCCGCUAUGCCCUCCGACGAACCAUCAAACAGGCAAAGAGUCAAUACAGGACUAAGAUUGAAUCAUACUACACCGGCUCUGACGCUCGUCGGAUGUGGCAGGGCUUGAAAACUAUUACAGACUACAAAGGGAAGCACAGCCGCAAGCUUCCCAGUGACACAAGCCUACCAGAUGAGCUAAACCACUUCUAUGCUCGCUUCGAGGCAAGCAACACUGAAGCAUGCAUGAGAGCACCAGCUGUUCUGGAUGACUAUGUGAUCACGCUCUCCGUAGCCGUUGUGAGUAAGACUUUUAAGCAGGUCAACAUUCACAAGGCCGCAGGGCCAGACGGAUUACCAGGACGUGUACUCCGAGCAUGUGCUGACCAACUGGCAAGUGUCUUCACUGACAUUUUCAACAUGUCCCUGACUGAGUCUGUAAUACCAACAUGUUUCAAGCAGACCACCAUAGUCCCGUGCCCAAGGACACUAAGAUAACCUGCCUAAAUGACUACCGACCCGUAGCACUGACGUCUGUAGCCAUGAAGUGCUUUGAAAGGCUGGUCAUGGCUCACAUCAACACCAUUAUCCCAGAAACCCUAGACCCACUCCAAUUUGCAUACCGCCCCAACAGAUCCACAGAUGAUGCAAUCUCUAUUGCACUCCACACUGCCCUUUCCUCCCUUGGACAAGAUGAACACCUACGUGAGAAUGCUAUUCAUUGACUACAGCUCAGCAUCAACACCAUAGUGCCCUCAAAGCUCAUCACUAAGCUAAGGAUCCUGGAACUAAACACCUCCCUCUGAAACUGGAUCCUGGACUUCCUGACGGGCCGCCCCCAAGUGGUAAGGGUAGGUAACAACACAUCUGCCACACUGAUCCUCAACACGGGGGCCCCUCAGGGGUGCGUGCUCAGUCCCCUCCAGUACUCCCUGUUCACCCAUGACUGCAUGGCCAGGCACGAUUCCAACACCAUCAUUAAGUUUGCCGACGACACAACAGUGGUAGGCCUGAUCACCGACAACGAUGAGACAGCCUAUAGGGAGGAGGUCAGAGACCUGGCCGUGUGGUGCCAAGAUAACAACCUCUCCCUCAACGUGACCAAGACAAAGGAGAUGAUUGUGGACUACAGGAAAAAAAAGAGGACUGAGCAUGCCCCCAUUCUCAUCGACGGAGCUGUAUUGGAAUAGGUUGAGAGCUUCAAGUUCCUUGGUGUCCACAUCACCAACGAACUAUCAUAGUCCAAACACACCAAGACAGUCGUGAAGAGGGCACAACAAAGCCUAUUCCCCCUCAGGAGACUGAAAAGAUUCGGCAUGGGUCCUCAGAUCCUCAAAAAAUUAUACAGCUGCACCAUCGAGAGCAUCCUGACUGGUUGCAUCACCACCUGGUAUGGCAACUGCUUGGCCUCCGACCGCAAGGCACUGCAGAGGGUAGUGCGUACGGCCCAGUACAUCACUGGGGCCAAGCUUCCUGCCAUCCAGGACCUCUAUACCAGGCGGUGUCAGAGGAAGACCCUCAAAAUUGUCAAAGACUCCAGCCACCCUAGUCAUAGACUGUUCUCUCUGCUACCGCAUGGCAAGCGGUACCGGAGUGCCAAGUCUAAGUCCAAAAGACUUCUCAACAGCUUCUACCCCCAAGCCAUAAGACUCCUGAACAGCUAAUCAUGGCUACCCUGACUAUUUUUUCUCAACACUUUUUUGUUGUUGUUUUAUUUUACUUUUUUAUUAAAAAUAAAUGCACCGUUGGUUAAGGGCUGUAAGUAACCAUUUCACUGUAAUGUCUGCACCUGUUGUGUUCGGCGCAUGUGGCCAAUAAAAUUUGAUUUGAUUUGAUUUGAGAUGAUGAGGCCCAUUGUCGUGCCAUUCAUCCGGUGCCAUCACCUCAUGUUUCAGCAUAAUAAUGCACGCCCCCAUGUCACAAGGAUCUGUACACAAUGCCUGUAAGCUGAACAUUUCCCAGUUCUUCCAUGUCCUGCAUACUCACCAGACAUGUCACCCAUUGAGCAUGUUUGGGAUGCUCUGGAUCGACGUGUAUGACAGUGUGUUCCAGUUCACGCAAAUAUCCAGCAACUUCGCACAGCCAUUGAAGAGGAGUGGAACAACAUUCCACAGGCCACAAUCAACAGCUGAUCAACUUUAUGCGAAGGAGAUUUGUCGCGCUGCUUGAGGCAAAUGGUGGUCACACCAGAUAAUGACUGGUUUUCUGAUCCAUGAGUCACCCUACUUUCUUUUAAGGUAUCUGUGACCAACCGAUGCAUAUCUGUAUUUCCAGUCAUGUGAAAUCCAUAGAGUAGGGACUAAUGAAUUUAUUUAAAUUGACUGAUUUCCUUAUUUGAACUGUAACUCAGUAAAAUAUUUAAAAUAGCUGCAUGUUGCAUUUACAUUUUUGUUCAGUGUAAUUAUAAUUCCCUUCUCUUGGCUGCUGUGCUCCGAAGCACCUCUCACUCAUAUGGCUCUCUCAGAUAUCUCAAUUCUUAUUAGCCAAGGCCCAUCACGUGAUCAGGUCCUUCUCUCAUCUAAGAAGUAGGCUACAAGUGAAGACAGGCACAUCGGGGAUGCAACUGCGCACGUCCAUCUUAUCAAAUUCCGAGGCGCAUAUUGAAGAUGUUAGAAGAACUGUCCAAAUGUAGCCUACUUUUCGUCAGCCAACAAGAUGAGUAGGCCUAACAAACAGCAAAAGCACUAGCCUAUGUCAAUCUACUAUCCCCCAUCGUACAGAAGUUGACCUAUUCUAUUGUCCUUCUGUGCAAUAAAUAAAUAUUCCAAACAUACUCUGGGACAGUUGUAGGAUGCGAUAGAUCCCAAAUUAAUACAACCACUCACAUCAAAAAAUCUUUUAAAAGCAAUGAGGCUGAUGCAACAGAUCAGAACGUUUAGUUUAAAAUGUUGAUAAACUAUUACACUAUUUCUUCAUAUUAUAAGUGCAGCAUUAUAAAGGUGCAUUUUCAUGCCAGCCAGGUAUAUUAUAUAAUAUGCCAUUUAGCAGACGCUUUUAUCCAAAGCGACUUACAGUCAUGCGUGCAUACAUUUUUUUUUUGUGUAUGUGUGGUCCCGGGGAUCGAACCCACUACCUUGGCGUUACAAGCGCCAUGCUCUACCAGCUGAGCUACAGAGGACCACUAUACUACAGGUAGGCUACAGGUAGGCUACAGGUAGGCUAUACUCCUAUUGUAAAGCGAAGCAAUGUGCUUAAUAUUAGAAAAGUUUAUAAAUAAAUAUAAUAGGCCUAGCCUAUAGAAAAGCUGAUGGGAUCCUCUUUUUAAUAGAGACAAUCAAAACUCUGUUUUCUCACGCAAUUGCAUUAGCCUAUAGAAAUGUUGCGCAACAUGAGCUCAUGGGCUCUCAUGAAGUGUUUGAUUUGAUUUUCGAAAACAUUUGCAUUGAUGUCAGUGACUAGAGGGACAAUAGAGUGCUGAGUACCCGACAGUUAUCAAGUUUGGUAGGCUACUAAUGACCAUCAGCAGCAUCAGAGCUUGGAGAAGCCUAGUUACGGUGAUUAAACGGUCAUGUGGAAUUUGACUGUGUGGUGGUAAUAUGGUCACCUUAACAGCCCUACCAAUGAGACCUAUAGGCCUAUGCCAUAAACAAUGGCCGGAGCACAUUUCUCUUGCAUUCUACUCAAUAUCUCAAAGCCAUACCAAAUAUCUUGGUUGUAAAAUAGUUGCUAUUGAGCUGAAUAUUCAGAGUUGAGAAAUAACAAUUAUACCUACAGAAAGCUGAGACCCUCCGCUCUUCGACAGGGACAAGGGAACGAAGCUUCUAAAGCUGUGUUUUUCCCGCAAUUGCAUUUUGAAAUGUUAUACAAUCAGAACACAUUUUUCUCUCAAGUGCAUGGGGGGAGAGGAGAGUGGCUCACUCAUCACAGCAGUAGGCCUCAGUGAGUGCACAGGCACAGGGGCAGAGCAGACACUUUUAUUACAGGAAUCAUGAGCAUAAUGCACUUUACUGUUUGACUAAAUCAUGGUUUUAGCCUCCCAAAAAAAGAGGACGUUUUGAUUGAGGUGACAAUGUAGAAUGUGCUCUUUCUACGUUUAUAGGAGCUCUUUCCGUUUUUUACCAUCCAUGAUCUUUGCUGUCUAACUGAUGACAGAGCCAAAGGCUCUGUAACAAUUUCAACGAUUUUACUGAGUUACAGUUCACAUAAGGAAAUCAUUCAAUUGUAAUAAAUUAAUUAGGCCCUAAUCUAUGGAUUUCACAUGACUGGGCAGGGUCACAGCCAUGGGUGGGCCUGGGAGGGCAUAGGCCCACCCACUUACGAGCCAGGCCCACUCACUGGGGAGCCAGGCCCAGCCAAUCAGAAUGAGUUUUUUCCCCACAAAAGGGCUUUAUUACAGACAGAAAUACUCCUCAGUUUCAUCAGCUGUCUGGGUGGCUGGUCUCAGACGAUCCUGCAGGUGAAGAAGCCGGAUGUGGAGGUCCUGGGCUGGCGUGGUUACAUGUGGCCUCGGUUGUGAGGCCGGUUGGACGUACUGCCAAAUUCUCUAAAACAACGUUGGAGGUGGUUUAUGAUAGAGAAAUGAACAUUCAAUUAUCUGGCAACAGCUUUGGUGGACAUUCCUGCAGUCAGCAUGCCAAUCGCACACUCCCUCAAACCUUGAGACAUCUGUGGCAUUGUGUUGUGUGACAAAAUUGUACAUUUUAGAGUGGCCUUUUAUUGUCCCCAGCACAAGGUGCACCUGUGUAAUGAUCAUGCUGUUUAAUCUGUUUCUUGAUAUGCCACACCUGUCAGGUGGAUGGAUUAUCUUGGUAAAGGAGAAAUGCUCACUAAUGGAGAGGUAAACAAAUGUGUGCACCAAAUUUGAGAGAAAUAAGCUUUUUGUGCAUAAUGAACAUUUCUGGGAUCUUUUAUUUCAGCUCAUGAAACAUGGGACCAACACUUCACAUGUUGCGUUUAUAUUUUUGUUCAGUUUACAUUAGUAUAACAGAAAUUGCGCAACAGGCCCAUGGGCCUCCAGCCAUGUUAACUUUUUUCAUUGUUUUAUUUUUAUAUUGUUUUUUUGUUUUUUUGUGUGUGUGUAUCAAUUUCAACCAGCCCACCCAACUAAAAAUGGUCAAUUCCAAUAGGCAUUUGCCAGAAUUGCCAGAUGGCCAAUCCGCCCCUGCUUUCCUCUGAACAUCCUUUGGGAUUUCAGAUGAUUCUUUGGGAACAGAUGAACAGUAGGAGACUGAUGUAGUGUGUUUUUGAUUGGUGGCAGAGGCCAGGGAGUGCGUCAACUGCGGAGCCACUAACACCCCUCUAUGGCGUCGAGAUGGGACAGGACACUACCUGUGUAACGCCUGUGGGCUUUACCACAAGAUGAAUGGCCAGAACCGUCCCCUGAUCCGGCCAAAGAAAAGACUGGUAUGAUAUGGCAUAAGGAUUGGAUAAGAUAAUCAGUUAUAAAUUCUAUUGUGUUGACAUGCCAAUUUAUUGAUUGAAAAACAAAUGAACAUUGGAACUCACCUUUCAUCCACAUAAUUGACUUACCUUCCUCUCUCUCUGUUUCAGAUUGUCAGCAAGCGGGCCGGGACACAAUGUGCCAACUGUCACACAAGCACCACCACACUGUGGAGACGGAACGCCAGCGGUGAGCCCGUGUGCAACGCCUGUGGACUCUACUUCAAGCUGCACAACGUGAGUCAAUGAACAAGAUACACUGAUACACUGACUGCUACAGAGCUACUAUUACCAGCUUCUAGCUAGCACCCCCUCACUGGUUAAAAAUACAAAACCCACACAACUCCAAGCUACUGAACCCUAGUCAUUGAACCACAAUAGCGGGUCCAGUGGGUACACAGUUUGUAUUAGAUCUACCUCCUGUAGUAUAGUAGUAUCAGGGUAAUAAUGGAGAAAGGGAAUGUACUAACUUAUGUAUAUGAAGUAAAGGCACACUUCUCUUUUCACAGGUCAACAGACCCCUUACUAUGAAGAAAGACGGUAUCCAAACACGAAACCGUAAAGUGUCCAACAAGAACAAGAAGGGCAAGAUGAGUGCCAUGUUAGAGCAAUACCCUGACCUUUCACAGGGUCCCACCCUCGAUUACCACGGAGGCCCUUACUCCCUGGGCCCAGGGUCACUGCUCUCCUAUAGCCACACCCCUCACUUCCUCCCCCCACACUCCGGCCUGCACCCGUCUGCCAACCUGUCCUACACCCAACACCCAAACACUGCCAUGGUGCCCACUCUGGUGUGAAACAGACCUGAGCAUAUGCAGACCCAUAAAGGCAGCAACAUACAGAGCAUACAGACACAAAGUAGCCUACUGAGGAAAAGCUUCUUUGUAGCAAUGGAUGCCCUGUAUAUAAAUGCAUUUAUACUUCUUUGCUAACCAAUUUUGUGUGUGAAGUUGAUCUUGUCUAAAUACUGGACAUAAUAUGGUGGCACAUUUUUACAAGAUCAAAAAAGAAAAACUUGUAUGGAAGAAUUUGACUGUAUUUUGUAAAAGGCAUAUUCUAUGUUUAUGAAAAGUAAAACAAUAAAAGGAAAGUUUAAACAUCCCACUGUGAUCAUUGAUAUGGCUAACACUGGUAUGAACUUGUAGCUGUAUUUUGUAAAUACGCACCGACUACAGUUGCCAUAUCCCUUUUCAAAUGUUUAUGAUUUUAGUAGACAUGUGAAAGGGCAUUAAAAUAUGAAAUUGUUUUGUAUUUGCUAUAUUUCUAUAUUUGUCAUUUCUUACAAGCUCCACAUAAACAAUAAAACAUGAAUGGU